AGAGCCCGGGCGGCGGAGCCGCAGCCGGCAGCAUGGCAGCGGCGGCGCGGGGUCUGCUGGGCGCCUGCCUUCGGGGAGCCCCGGCGCUCGCUCCUGCCGCCGGGAGCCUGGGCUGCCGCGCCAAGGGCUUCUGCACGGCGGCCGGACCUGCCCCGGACAUGAAGAGUUACCUGUGGGAGCGCUACCGGGAGGCCAAGAGGGGCACGGAGGACCUGGUCCCUUCAAUUAUGAGCAACUUGUUGAAUCCAGAUGCAAUUUUCUCCAACAAUGAAAUGAGCCUGUCAGACAUUGAAAUCUAUGGCUUCGAUUAUGACUAUACCCUCGUCUUUUAUUCUAAGCACCUCCAUACCCUCAUCUUCAAUGCUGCUCGGGACCUCCUCAUCAAUGAGCAUCGGUAUCCUGCAGAGAUAAGGAAUUAUGAAUAUGAUCCAAAUUUUGCCAUUCGUGGUCUUCAUUAUGACGUGCAUCGGGCCAUAUUGAUGAAGAUUGAUGCUUUUCAUUAUAUCCAGCUGGGAACUGUGUACAGAGGGCUCACUGUCGUCCCAGAUGAGGAAGUCAUUGAGAUGUACGAAGGCUCCCAUGUUCCCCUGGAACAAAUGAGUGACUUCUAUGGGAAGAGCUCUCAUGGAAACACGAUGAAGCAGUUCAUGGACAUUUUUUCCUUACCAGAGAUGACUCUCCUCUCUUGCGUCAAUGAGUAUUUUCUGAAGAACAACCUUGAUUACGAGCCUGUGCAUCUCUACAAGGAUGUCAAGGAUUCAAUCAGAGACGUCCACAUCAAAGGGAUUAUGUACAGAGCAAUUGAAGCGGAUAUUGAGAAGUAUAUCUGCUAUGCUGAGCAGACCCGUGCAGUGCUGGCCAAGUUGGCGAAUCAUGGCAAGAAGAUGUUCCUUAUCACCAACAGCCCCAGCAGCUUUGUGGACAAAGGGAUGCGGUACAUCGUUGGGAAGGACUGGCGGGAUCUCUUUGACGUGGUCAUCGUUCAGGCUGAGAAGCCCAACUUCUUCAAUGACCGGCGGAGACCAUUUCGGAAGGUGACCGAGAGAGGUGUACUUCUUUGGGAUAAAAUCCAUAAGCUGGAAAAAGGCCAGAUUUACAAACAGGGUAAUUUAUAUGAAUUUUUGAAACUUACAGGAUGGAGGGGGUCCAAAGUGUUGUAUUUCGGAGAUCACAUAUACAGCGAUCUGGCUGAUUUGACCUUAAAACAUGGCUGGCGGACGGGGGCCAUUAUUCCCGAGCUGAGAUCAGAGAUCAAGAUCAUGAACACGGAGCAGUACAUUCAAACCAUGACCUGGCUGCAGACCCUGACUGGAUUACUGGAACAGAUGCAGAUUCACAGAGAUGACACAUCACAGAUGAUUUUGCAAGAGUGGAAAAAGGAAAGAAAGGAGAUGAGAGAAAUGACCAAAAAUUUCUUCAACUCCCAGUUUGGAAGCCUGUUUCGCACAGACCAGAAUCCCACAUACUUCCUGAGGCGCUUGUCUCGAUUUGCUGAUAUCUACAUGGCGUCUCUGAGCUGCCUCCUGAGUUAUGAUCUCAGUCACACAUUCUAUCCCAGGAGGACUCCCUUGCAGCAUGAACUUCCAGCCUGGUCUGAGAGACCUCCAGCAGGAAACUUCAGGAUCCCCUUUAUACAGGGAGUGGCCCAGGCCAAGUAACCAAAUAAACCACUCAAAGUGGGCAGACACGGAGGCAUUAAUACCAAUGAGAGUAUAAACUUUGCUUUUUAAGCAAGUAUGAAUAUUGUAUUUUGCUAUUUAUAUAAUUUUGUCUGGUAAGUAAAAUACCUUGUUUUGAUAGAAUUGGAAUUCAGAAUUAACUGGUCUUAACCCUCUUCUGAGUUGUAUCCUCCUAUUAAUGAUAAUGGGAAUUAUGAACACCCAGAGGAGGGGAAAGUUUCUGUUGGCUGAAAGAUGAGCUUCAUAUUGAAAGUCUAUUCAGCCUUUAAGUUUACAAAGGCCUUGGAGCUUAAUUUUUCUGGGAUAGAUAAGGCCCUUUUUGUACUAGUUUUAGAGUGCUGUACUCGGUCGAGUUUUGAUAGUAUUAAAGCAACUGUGUUUCUUGAUCAUUCAACAGCUCCCUACUGAUUUAAGAUGUGCAAGGAGGUAACAUAGAAAGAGAAAGGUAGAAAGAGCAAAGACGUGUUUGAAUUCCACUUCUGGACUUGUUAGUUGCGUGAACCUGGGUAAAUCAAUUGAGCACUCUGAGCUCAGUUUUCUUAUCUGUGAAAUGGGGAUAAUAAAUCCUUAUAGUAAAAGAGGGGAUGGGAGAUUGAGUAAAGAGUCAGGGUCUGAGUUCAAGAACCAUCUCUUACACAUACUGGUUUUAUGAUUCUAGGUAAAUAGUUAAUUGUCCAUAAACAACUCUCUUAGAUUAUAUUAUAAAUAGCAGAGAAGGCAUCAAGCUGUAUUAAUAAUGGGAGUUUGCUAAACCAGCGAAAUCACAAGGCCCUUUCUGAAUCCUUAUAGUUCCUACCUAACAGAACCGUUGUAGGGCUCAUGCAGUGUCCCCAAAGUUUUCAAGAGCUAAAACCAUGCUAAGACUUUUAGGACACCCCAUCUUACAUAAAGUGCUUUGUAAAUUUUAAUAUAUACCCUAUGAAUGCCAGCUAUUGUUAUAAUUGUAUUUAUAAUUUAGUCAAAUUCCAUGUUCAUACUGGAGCACCAGGUUAAAAGCUUAAAGCUUUGAUUUUGAGACUAAUUUUAGUACUUCUCAUCCAGUUUGGACAUUUCCUGCAUCCUGGGAAUCCCUAACACUUCACAAAGUGAAGUCCUCUUCCUACUGAGACAGAAGGAUGGAGAAGGUGGCUAACUUUCUCACCCUCUCUCAUCCUUAUUCAUUGUAUCUAUAUCUCAUCCUUACCGGGGGUAGACCAAGAGGAUGAUGGAGUUAUGAGAGUCUACACCUGUUGAAUCCAAUUAUCUCUCUCCCCAUCUUCUCCAACAAAGGCAGAGCGAGAAUUAUCUUGGACAAACAAGAAUCCCAGGCUGCCAAGGAGAAUUUGGGGCUGGAGCCGGGUUGUGAGUCUCAUAUAAGAAAGGUUAUAGAUUCAUGUGCAAAAUAAGAGGGCAGGAGUGUGAGAAUAUCAGGACGUAGCUUAAAACAAUCAGCAGGAAUUAUCCAACAGCUAUUAAAACUUAGGAAAUAUCAGUGUGGUGGUUCGCCACUGAACGUGGGAUGAAGGCACAGGUAGAAUCUUUUUGCAACAAAUUUAAAUGAUUCUCUCUGCUCCCCUUGGUUUUGUUGUAAUACAUCUUAUUAAAAUGAGCGCAUAGUUAACAAACCUAAUGUUAGUCCCCAAGACUGGGGACAUAAUAGGCUAGAAUGAAUUAACAUUAUGGGACAGACUAGGGGGAAAGAAGGAGAUAUCGAUCCCUCAUCAUCUCAUACUCUUCCUUUGGGGUCUAUUUGUGUAUUUCCUUAGUGAGUGAUUUGAGAGUUUAGAGGACUCUUGUUUUGUUGGUUGAGGGGUGCAGGGUUAGGGUAUGGAAUUCAGGGGUUCCUGACUUUAUGCCAUGGAUUCUGAUGAAACCUCUCGAGCACUUCUCGAAUAAUAUUUUUAAAUGUACAAAAUAAAAUGCAGAAGACUAUAAAAGUAAUUAUAUUGGCAUAUAAUUAUUAACAUUAAAAAAGUUCAUCCCAGUUUCAGAAUCUCUAGUUUUAGAAUUUCCUCUCGACUAGGGAUUAUUUGAUAAUUUUGUAUCUAUAUCUCUAGCACCUAAAACUGCCUGGCACAGAACAGGUGCUUAAUAAAUAUUUGGUGAUUGGGUGAAAGAAAUUUAAAAAGCUAAACUCCCUUUCAAUAGCUCAGUUCCAUUCUCCCUGCCUGCAAUGUAAAUGGUAGACAGUCAGUCUCUUUCUCCAAAAGAAUGAUGGACACGUGGCCAAAGAUCAUAGAAAAUACAGUGUUAUUGCUGUGCAGUAUUAUAGAUAAGUGGAUUUGGCGUUCAGAGGAUUUGUGUUUAAGCCCUUCCUCAGACAUUAGCUGGCUGUAUGACCUUGAACAAGUAACUUGACCUCUGUCUCAGUUUCUUCUUUUAUAAAAUGGGUAUGACAAUGGCAUUUAAUCAUUUCGCAGGAUUGUUGUGAGGAAAAAUGAGAUAAUAUAUGUAGCAUGCUUUGUAGAUUUUGAAGGAACACAUACAAGUUAUCAUGACUAUUUUUUGUUAUUAUAGUUGCAACAAAUUCUUUAUAACAUAGUUUCACAAAUGUGCAUGAAAUUGCUGAAAAUUUGUCCAAUGCUGUCCUCUGAAAGGGACACUUCACAGAUCACAGACUUAGAAUGUCUUCUUAGCAAAUAGGUAAAUGGCAACUACUUCAGAACCAAAACAAUUAAAUUGACAAACAUUUCUCGAGCACGUCCUAUUCUCAGGGGAUAUUUCAGUUAAGUCUAGGUGAUGAGAAUGUUCUUCUAAAUGCUGUUUCCUUGGAGACACGGUCUAAAUUAUCUUGUGGGAGGAUGGAGAGUGGUUUGGAAGUAGGAAAUGGGAUUGGCCAGAGAGACGAGUGGGGGUGGUGGUGGAGAGAGAUCUCUUCUAAGUAAGAAAAGGUAAUUUUUCUUCCCUUCCUUUUAGAAUAGCUCAUUUCCAUGAGUUGUCUUGUAUUUAUUUCAAAAAUGAUACCCUUAGCUAGAGUUAUGCUGAUAAAUAUUUAACAACCAACUCUCCAGGAGAAAGAAAAUGGAUGCAUGACACAAUUUAAAGUUUAAUCAGCCUUGUUAACAUCAUCUCCAUUUCCUCCAAGUCUAGAUAAUCAAUAAAAUAAUAAAUUCAGUCCCUGAUUUGUGGCCAUUGCUGAUUUCUGAGGUGUUAUAGGUGACACUGAGAAUUUAACCAUCAGUUUCCCAAGGCAGUUUGAGACAGCUGCAGUGCAUUUUUGAAAAGCAGAUUGGUUCAUUGGAAUGGGUGCUGUAUUCCGACAGAGGCUAUGGAUUCAAAUCCCUCUGAUGUCAUUUAGUACUUAUAUUAUCUUGGAGUAGUUCCUUACCUUCUCUGGUUGGUCUUUUUUUUACUCAUGUGAAGAAUGAGGGAUUGGACUAGUUGACGUUUCUAUUCCUUUUCAGUUCUUUUUCAGUUCUAGGUCUGGGAUCCUAUGAUUUGAUGUCAUUGGUCACAGAAAACCUAAGAGGCUUCAUAGUUCAAUCAGAAGAAUGCUGAUUAGAACAAGAGGACUUGAGUUCAGUUCCUCCCUGUGUGACUUUGGGGUAGUCACAUAACCUGGUGAGGUCUCAGUUUCUAUAUCUAAAAAAUGAAGAAAUGGAACUAGGUUGUUUGACCUAUGUGAACUUCUGGACUUAGGGACUGUUGUUUGCCUUUGUCUUCCCAGUGCUUAAUACAGUGAUUGGCACAUAGUAGGUGCUUAAUAAAUGUCCUUUGAUUGACUGACUGAUGUUAGUGCUUAGUACUCAAACUUAGUGCAACCAAGACCCUCUAGCCCAGUGUACAUGCUCUUCCCUAAAUGUACACACAUUGUUCUCCUUAUCUAGGGUGUUGAGAUUUGUAAGCUUAUGGAUGUCUUCUCUCUCUCCUGGAAGCCACACUUGGCCCCGCCAUUACUGAGAUCCCAAGUGGGAUUUUUUGACCCCUGAAAUGUGGACUUUGUUCUUUGUUCUCUGGCCUGCUCAGAGCUAGGGUGAGGCCUUUGUAUUUGAAAAUUGUGCCCUAUCCCACGAAUGACUGUCCACCUGAGAUUUUGAGACCUUCUCUUCUUACAUAUGUGGCUGAAGCACUACAGAGAGCAGGAUUUUCUAAUGUUAAAUUAAUCAUGUGACUCUAUGGAGGCAACAUGGUAUAGUCGUUAGGGCACUGGACUUGGAAGCAGAAGGACUUGGGGUUAUUCCCAUGUGUUGUAUGACCCUCGACAAAUCACAUAAACUCUCCAUUCCUCAGUUUUCUGACGUCCAGGGUUAGAUGGUCUGUAAGAUUUCUGGGCAAUUUGGGGACUCCAUAGCACAUAAAGGAGGCUUUAGAGUCAGAAAGACUCGCCUUCCCGAAUUCAAAUCUAGCCUCAAAUACUUCUAGUUGUGUGAUUCUGGGCAAGCCAUUUACCCCAAUUGCCUCAAACAAACACACACACACACACACACACACGUGUCCCUGGCUGGCCUUCUAGAUCCCUGCCCAGCCUUCCAGGUCCCUGCCCAAAUUUACCAUGUUUCUAGUCCCCAAUUUAGUAUAUUGAGAAAGUCAUUUUGGAAUAUUGAAAACAACUAUAUCUCCUAAAUUAACAACUGUAACAGCAGGAGAGGAGUGAUUUUUAAAAUGGUUUGCUUAGUUAAUGAAUCCCUGUAUUUAAUCUUGAAUUCUUUGUUGUUGCAUGAAGGGAAAUUCACAAUCAAAAUAUAGUCUAUAUAAGCCCCCAAAAGUUUAGCCUUUAAAGGUAAGAUGGAAAAUGUAUCUAUUUUUAAAAAACUGCUUUUAUACAAGAAACCAGAUUUUAAACAAAAUAUACCUACUGUCCCUCUUUGCGGAGGUGGGUGUAUGUGAGUGUGGAAUAAUCCGUAUAUUGUCAACCUAUGAUUGAGAGAUUGGUUCAUUUUGCUGAGCUGAUUUUUUUCCUUCUUUUCCAAUUUCUCUUAUAAAGGAUGGUAUAGUGACAAGGAUUAUUAGGAAAGAGAGAGAAUUAGAAAUAUGGGUGAUGUAAAAACAAAAAAAAAAUUCCUAAAAACAAGAUGAUAGAGAUGAUGAUGGCAUGUAAUUUGUAGAUUUGAACUCCUGCUUUCCUGUUUUCUUUUGUCCUUUGGGGAGGUUGUUUUAUCUUGAAGUGAUAGUGACAACCUGGGAAGAGCCUGGGGCUGGCAGGCAGGGACUAUACGGCUAGGUCUUUCUUGGCUGAUUAUUAGCCAGGCCCUCAAUUUCCUUAUCCUCCUUGUGCCUCCCUUUUGAGGAAGAGAAUCUGGGGAAAAGAUAUGACCAGGUUUUAUCUGCUGUAAUUUACUAAAGUUUAUUAUUGAUGGCAAUCAGGGAUAUGUAACCUAUUUCAGGAUAUGUGAUGUUAUUUAUUCUGGCACAUUUCUGCCUGUGUUGUUAGCUAAAAAAAAAUGCAAUUUUUUUCCCCUAGUAUUUCUUCAGUAGCAACAACUGUGUCCCAUUGCUGUUUGUAACUAACUUAGCUUUGGAUGGAUUGAAUGGCCUUAACAUGGAAAACACUUCUCUCCCUCCAUCCCACCAUCUACCAAGACCCUAAGAAAUUAGAUCCUGAGAACAGCUCCUAAAUCACAACAGUUCGUGUUCCCUAAUCAGGAGCUGAAUUUGGGGUUGCUUUCUUCCAUACUUAGGAAUAAGAUGAGUCCCUUCAUGCUAGAAGAAGUUCCAAAUGUGGCCUUGGAUGAUAAGGAUCCUGUUACCGGUUGACUUCUUACUAGAGAAAGGAAGCAUGUCCAUUAUACAAACUGCCAUUCACACUUAGUGUUAUCCUAUCUUCCCUGAUCUGUUCUCUGUAGCAGUAGGUCCUGGUUGGUGCAAUCUUGAUGUCACUAGCAUGUGAAAAUCAAAGUUAAGUUCUGAAAAGUUUCCCUUGGAACAAUGGCCCAAACUAUGAAUUUUUGCCCAUGGGCAACAGGAAGCCCAUAUCGCAAACAUCUUGAAAUUAAGAUCCUAGUUUGAGGGGGAUGGGGGAUUCAGAGCUUUGGGAACAUUAGGAUGGGUGAGAGGACUUAUUUUUAGUGCUAAUGUAGUUCUAGGUUUUUGUUACUUCUACAAUGUUGAAAAAAUGCAAGAUUUGUAUUGCACCAGAGCUCCGGUCGCCCAUUUUGAUUGGAAUUAUUUAUUAUCGAUUAUUGUAUAUUGAGUAUAUGGGAGUUAUUCUGGUUGGAGUUAUUGUCAGGUGGCAAAAGCUUGACAAAAGAAGCCUAAUAAAUCGAUCGUAAAUCUAUUUCCUGGAUCUAGAAAACAGAAUGAUGUUCUGCAAGUGACUGUCCUGGGGACUGAGUUGGGAAGUAUUUAUAAUUUCUCCUUGAUAGAUGGUAGAUUUCAUGUUUCUAGAACACUAUGUAAUAUUUUGUACACUUGCAUUAGAUUCACUGACUGGUUCAUUUUCUAGUUCGCUUCUGUAUAUCACUGAAAACUCAACAUUGGACCUGGAAAGCUGAUUCUGAUUUUCAGUUAAAUGAUAAGAUUGGCCAAUGUGAUACCAGAUACAAUGUGAAAUUAGGUCAAUGUAAAUUUAUUGAGUGUUGGUUUAAGAAAAAAAAUGAUUUGUGUGCUAUGUAAUAAAUGAACUUCCUGCAGAAUAAAA